AUGGCCAAUAACAAUCCAUUCAUAGUUGUGCUUGUUUAUUCCAAUUAUCGUAUGAGAAAUGGCGACAGCGGGGUGACAUUUGAGUGUCAGGAUCCUCACACUCAGUGUGUGGAGACGUUGUCGGAUUUGAAGAGUUUGAUAUUGAUCAAGCUCGGUAGUACACAAGCGAGGGAGAUAGGUAGGGUGGGGUAUAGGUUGCUAGCACCCAUGGGAAAUGGAGUCUUCCGGUUUCAACUAUUCCGACUUCACGGGGACGAGCAUGUGCGACUGAUGUUCGACAUUCAUGGGAGGAUCAUGUGUGAACGGGUAAUGGAGCUGUCCGCCGAGGUGGGUCACGGUGGUAGUGGGAGUUCCGUACACGAAACCUAUGUGCAGGACGACCGACCUCUCGCACCACCGCCCAUUCAUGUCGCGAUUCCGGAGCAUGAGGGAGAGGAGGGUGAGGAGGAGUCAGAUGAGGAUUACGUGGCGGACAGUGUGGACAGUGAGUCUUCUGAUGGUGGUGACGAGGAUGAGUUUGUGCCGGAGACACCUGCCGGGGCUAUGCGGUGCCAUGUGCUGCCUCCACCUCACCCGAUUCCGGCGCUAUCGGCUGUGCCAAGUUACUAUCACAGUCUAGAUCUGGACGCCAUGCAUGAGAGGACCCUGGUUUCUGACAGUUGUGAAGUGGAUUACAACCUAGACGGCGGUGUAGAGUUUUGGGUCGGACACAGGUACAGAAACCGAGAGGAAGUGCUUCAAGGUGUGAAGAACUAUAAUAUUCAUAGGAGUGCUGAGCACCGGGUGAUCGAGUCCCCCCGGUUAAAGUACCAUGUGCAGUGCCGUCAAGCCGACAGUGGGUGUCAAUGGAGCCUCUUUGUAGCCCUUCGUCAGAAUCUCAGAUACUAG